AAGACCAGCCAAAUACCACACAGGAGCAACCAAACACACAGCCGAGCCCCUCAAAGAAGAAGAAGAGGGGAUCCAAGGCAAACGCCCCCAAAGAGGUCGCAGAGGAAUCAAGGUCCGAGCCGGCCAAGGGCACUCUCAUGGUCUUUGGCGACGACGAUGAGGAGGAAGUGGAAGAGGAGGAGGAAGAAGAAGAAGAAGAGGAGGAGGAGGACAGUGAUGAUGAGGCUCCCGAAGCAGUAUCUACCGCCAAGGCGGCUGAAGAGAUCAAGAAGUCUACUCAAGCCGCUCAAAAGGCAGUCCAAGAACAAGCCGCUGCACAAAAGCGAAAGCGCCAGCAGCUGGCCGAGCUUCUCAAGAAACAAGCCGAGGAGCGCAAAAAGGCAGAAGAACACCUUACAUCCCAGGGCGAAGGAAAGCAGCAGCCCUUAGCCAAGCCAGCCGAGCCCUCCACCAGCAGAGCACGGAACCGCGCAGACAGGUCCAGCAUCCCCGCCGUCCUGCCCGCAGAAUUCCUCACAGACUCCUCAAGCGAGGAUGACGAGGAAGACGGCGAGGACGGCGCUGCUGCUGCUGCUGCUGCAGGGCCCAAGAGGCGCAAGGUGUCUGGCGUCGAGAAGAGGCUGACGCGUCUGGACGCGGGGCCCAAGGACGAGGUGGUCAAGUCUACGGUGUACCGCGUCGAGAAGAAGAUGGACCAGAGGCUGGCGCCCAAGGUGAAGAAGCAUUCGAAGGCGUCCAAGGAGUUGCUCUUGAAGCGGAAUAGGGCUGCCGUGACGUCGGGAUCUGGGUUUCUCAAGAGGAAGUGAGGGUUCGGCUGUGGUGGGCGCUAGCUACAUCAACUGCAUAUGGUGAUACCCCGUAUCGUCUUAUCUAAUAUUUGCAUCUCAUCUUCUUCUAGCCGAGAGAUGUAAGAAGAGUCUUUGUCGAGAAGUGUAUGGUACACGGGAUAUCAUGGGGAGAACUUGUAGAUGACUGAAGAUGGUUGCAAGGGAGGCUGGGGUUCAAGAAUGGGACCA